CGUAGGGCGGUAGUUGACGAGCAGACUGUGACUGUAACUGUGCGAGGAAACAAUUUACCAGUUUAUUUUAGAUUAAAAGAGUUAACCUGCCGUUAGUUAGUCGACGGAAAUGGACGAUAGUACCAACGUGGCCUGUGUACUUUGUGGUCGGUCAAAGGAGACGAAAAUAACCGGACCGUUGUCGACUAAAGAUGAAGUCACAGCUCAUCAGAACUGUUUGUUAUUUUCCUCUGGUAUCAUUUGCCAGAGUACCCCACAGCAUGAUGAUUUGUUUGGCUUCUCUGUGGAGGAUGUGCUGCGUGAGGUGAAACGAGGAAAACGCCUGGUUUGUGACAGAUGUACCAAAAGAGGUGCCACUGCUGGUUGUGAGGUCAAACGCUGCAAGAAGUCCUACCACUACCCGUGUGCUGUUAAAGACAAAGCUAACAUAAUUGAGGAUACAAAGGAGGAGAAAUAUGUGCUGUACUGUCCCAAACACGAUCCAAAAGCUCAAGAAAACAAUGGACGUCCAUCUUCCCAUACAAAGUCCUGGACUUCCAAAACUCCCAGUGAACCCGGAUCAGAUAAGGUUUUUUGUCUUGCCUGUGACGAGACAGAAGGAAGCAUCAGCUUGGAUAGUUUGUCUGAUAACGUUGUGAGGUUAUAUUAUGACAAACAUGCUCCUUCAUCACACAAGAAGAACUCUGAUGGUUGUGCUAAAGCCCCCAGACCAUCGAACAAUGCAACACCUUCAUCUUUCAAGAGACGGUGUGAACCCAGUGAUAAACAAGACGAAAUGCCCUCUAAACGUAAAUUUAAAAGCCCCAGAGUCAUACAAACAGAUGAUUCUUCAGAUUCAGAUGACAGUAUACCUGAUUCAGACAUGGCAAUAUUUGCCCCUUUAGAGACGGAUUUAGAAAGCUGUGUAAACUCUGUUUACGAGCCCGAAAAAGUCAACCAGAGGAAGAGAGAGGAGAUGCAAGUGAAGAUGAAACAAUGA